AGCGAUUUGCGGUUUUUUUUUUCGGUUGUUCGUUUUGUUGUUGUUGUUGUUGUUGGUUGUUGUUCGGUUCCUUGACGAACGGUGACGUUUGCGAAGUUGCGGCAAGCAAAACGCCGUGAAAGUGAGCCCCAGUGAACUUUGAACGGAGUGCGUGUCCUGCGUGACGCGUGAAGAAAAGUGCCCAAGAAAGCGGAUCGUACCGAGGAAACCGAAGCGUAUCCUUGUGGUGUAUCGAACAAUUUCCCCCCUUAGCGGCAGAAAACUCUCGGAAAAUCAGUGUCACAAUGAAGUAUAGCAUAGUUUUCGUGGUCGCCCUCUUCGGAGCCGCCGUGGCCCAGGACAGCUUCAAGUGCCCGGAUGAUUUCGGCUUCUACCCGCAUCACAGCUCCUGCGACAAGUACUGGAAGUGUGACAACAACGUGGCCGAGCUGAAGACGUGCGGCAAUGGGUUGGCGUUCGAUGCGUCCGAUUCCAAAUACCUGACCGAGAACUGCGACUACCUGCACAACGUCGACUGCGGUGACCGUACCCAGCUAGAACCCCCAAUCUCUACUCCCCACUGCGAGCGUCUGUACGGUAUCUUCCCGGAUGCGGCCAAGUGCGACGUCUUCUGGAACUGCUGGAACGGUGAAGCCUCGCGCUACCAGUGCUCGCCCGGACUGGCCUACGACCGUGAUGCUCGCGUCUGCAUGUGGGCUGAUCAGGUCCCAGAGUGCAAGAACGAAGAAGUAGCAAACGGAUUCACCUGCCCGGCCGCCGGUGAGAUCUCGAAUGCUGGUUCGUUCUCGCGACAUGCGCACCCGGAGGACUGCCGCAAGUACUACAUCUGUCUGGAGGGAGUUGCCCGCGAGUACGGCUGCCCGAUCGGAACCGUCUUCAAGAUCGGUGACGCCGACGGAACCGGCAACUGCGAGGAUCCCGAGGAUGUUCCCGGAUGCGAAGAUUACUACGGUGAUUUGGACUUGAAGAGCAUCCGCAAGAGCGAACUCCUUGCCGGGCUAGCCCUCCAGUCCGGUGGUGCGCCCGCCUCCCCCAAAGCUAACGUUAAGUCCAACCGUCCGGCUCCCAAGGACACCAACUAAGUGGAAUCAGUGGAAGGGAUGGCAGGGAGAGGAAGAGAGGAAGAGAGGAAGAGAGAGAGAGAGAGAGAGAGAGAGUGGUAGGAGAGUCGAGUGUAGGGAACAAAAUAUGAUCGUGACGUAUAAUGUUAGGGAUACCGAUAGCGAUACAGAACUGAGGGAGUCCGACAGACGAAGCGAGAAAAGGACAGAAUGAGUGAAAGAGAGAGAAAGAGAGAGAGAGAGAGCAAUAGGAAAGGGAAUGCAGGAAAAACGACGUGAAAAAAGGAGAGUUUUGCUCAGUGCUGCAGCGACGGCAUGUCCGAUGAGACGAAGUGAGAAGAACUUUUAAAUUUGGCUACUUAACAAACCCACCCUUAACCUCCGAUCGAGGGUAGAUGAGCGAAACCGUGUGUGUGUGUGUGUGUGUGUCUGUUUGCUUGUUCUCGCACUGACCAGGAGCAAAGGGAAAACCAAACAUAACUAUCCUUCGUGAAAAGUCACCCACCAUGGCGCUCUCUCUCGCUCUAGCGAGGUUCCGAGGUUCGUCCCGUUCACGGAAAAGGGAAACUCCUCGAAACUGACAUGGGAUUCCGGAGUGAGGUGGGCAGUUCAGAACACGAGCCCCCCCUGGAAAAGGGUUCCAAACCGGCAGUGAUCCGGAACGGACCGACGAUCUUUUUGUGCUGCUCCAACUCACGCGCCUCGCACACACACACAUUUCGCCUUCACCGCCAGACUCCGGACGUUUUUCUUUGAGUUUGGCUCGUGACGGCUUUGCACCGUGUUUGUGUGGGUGUGUGUGGGUGCAUGCAUCCUUAGCUCCACUCGUGAAGACACAGGACGCAUGGCAGGCAGUGUCUCAUUUUAAUUUAUUUAUUGCCAACGCUCGGCGCCCUCGAUUGACCGCAGCCCAGCGCUCUGGCGAAGGGUCACCGUAAGGACCUUCAGGCAUUUUCUUUGCCGCUUUAAUCACUCCGUCAAAAACCGUCAACCGUCGCCGGUUGCGAAGCGGGGUUGGACAUGCCGCUCCAAGUCGCGAGCCUUAACGCAAGCUUCCGUUUACCGUUCCAUUGUAAUGGCCGUCGUAGGAGCCCCGUACUAAAACCACACACGGGGAAACCAAAACCAACCUGCAAUGCCUGCGGAUGCCGAGUCCUGGCCCCGGGGUCCGGGGCGUGGACCAAUCGGCAGGGAGCGUGGGUUGCACCGUCUGUUAGGCAGCCUGCAUAGUUAGAGCCGUAAACGAUAAAACAAACAAACAAACAAACAAACACAAAAUGAAACAUUAAUAAAAAAAUCUUUAAAACCACUUAAACACUCUCCUGCUC